AGUCUGCUUUAUAAAUAUUUAACUGCUCUGAUUUCCUGGGUUGAUCUUUUCUACAACGCUUCCACUUUUUAAAAUGCCCGAUUUCGGUGUCAAUUUAGGUCGCCGCGAGCGCAAAAUACAAAAAAAAAUUCCAAAAAAAAUAACUAAAAAUCUAAACGACCUGAAACUUAUAGUUUUAGAGCUAGUUUACCUAGGCCUUUAUUCUGGCAAAAAUCGGUUUUUUUCUAUAUUGCAUGACCCUAGUUGAUCCUUACAGCAAACUGCUCUUAAGCAUUUUUUCUAAUGGAUGUCUUACUUGUCGGAGAAAUUUUAAAUGUAAAAUGGGAAAUUGUAAUGGUUAUGAUUAAUUGGUAACCUCGUGUCGUCCAAUUCUGUCUUUAAUCAUACUUGUUAUUAACAAAUCGGACUCCCGCUUCGCGGUCGUCCUGUUUUGUUAAUCGUGAGUAUGAUCACAGCCCGAAUUGGACUCCAAUCAGUCCUUUUACCACUAUUAAUCGGGAGAGUAAAUUUAAAAUCGGACGAACGAAAUCGGGAUCACGAUUACUCCCUGAAUUGUACGACACGAGGUCCAAUUAUUAAUUAAUCGUCACGACGCAAUGCAAUACUGGAGAAUGACCUUAAACAGCUGUAUGUUAUAAGCUAUCCGCCUUUCACUUUUUCUCUCGCAGAUCCCGCUCGUUUUUCAUUAGCAAGCCCGCUUUUUCGAUCGUCCCUGUUGACCGAGGGACUGCAACAGGAUACAGUUUGGAAAAGCUGACAACUCGUUAUGCAGCAGAUCAAUUUGCCUCACAGAACCAAUGUAUGUGAUUAAGGGAGGCUUUACUGACGGUCUUGAAAGGGUAAAACGGGUACUGGGAUUUACUUUUUUUUUUUUCACUGGGAAAAUACGGAAUGACACUGGGACAAUUUGUAUACGGCGAUUAUGCAGUCCUUCGCGCUAGCAAAAAGUUACGAUUAAACAAUAACCAGAGUUUGGAUAAAACCGAUAUAGUCAGUUUCCCUGCUUGGAUUUAAUUUUCGUACAAGGGAAGUUAGGCUAAACGUCUACCUGAAAUUUACAAAUAGAUUUUUAAAACGACGGAUUCACCGAGCUACAGCUCAGCUGGAGACUUAUACACAAUGUCACAAUGCUUAUAUGUAAUAAUCACUGCGUUGAAAAACAAAAUUGUCGCUAAACACGACAGUUUUAAUGCGAGCUCAUGUUGAUUUAUCCAUUUAAAAAUUGUCCAAUUUAUAGCCCUUGUGUGCAUGUUCUAAUGAUUCACACAAAUUGAGCAUUUUAACAGGUGGAUUGGCAAAAUGAGCAGGUAUUAUUUCAAACAAUAUCACUUUAUGGCACUGACUGCCUUAAACACCUUUAUGGCAAAAAGAGCUUUGUUCUGACAGACCCAUUUGUAAGAAUGAAACCUCAUCCCUUGUAAAUACAAUUAAGCAAUAAAGAUAUCACCAUUUUCCGUCGAAAGCCCGCAAAAGAACGUUUACGUCAAUCGGUUACGUUGAAUAUUUUUGAAAUGUUGAUGUCAUGCCUGCUGUGGGCUGGUAAUAAAUUCCAUCCUCGAAACAAUGACUUUUGUUUUUGGUUUUGUAAUAGUAGUCACUAAAAAUGGUUUUUUUUUUUUUUUUUCUUUUUUUUUCUUUUUGACAGACUCCAAAUUAAAGCAAUUGAUAUGCAGAUAGGACUUACGCGCACGCUUUGCUUGCUGGUGGAGUCAUUACUUACCACGCAAUUAGAUAUUCUAGAUUCGUCUCGUUUAAAAAACGAACGGUAAUUGUGGCAAUAGUUUCUAGGAAAAAAAUUUCUCUUGAUUAAGAAUGUUAUACAUAUAUUACAUUUGAGAUAAACAGAGCUGAGAGUCUCUUGCUUUGUGUUUAGUCUUUCAUUCAGUGGUGAAAACUUGAACCUUGAGCCAUGCUGUUCAGAAAAUUGUACAAAUGCAUCAUUUCUUAAAUUUUUAAUAACCGAGGUUUUGUUUGUCAUCCGGCUUUAGCUCUUUCUCACCUUUCAGUGUCUCGUGUUAAUCGCGGGCCGAGUGAUACCUUCGCCUGUCAUUUUAAACAAUGGUUGCCACACAUGGGAAUGCCUUCGGGGUUUUUAAUACACGGCAGCAAAUAUGAACGCGUGCAGAAAGGAUGAGGCGGCUUUUGAAGCCGUUAAAAGGACGCUUUGAAGGAGAAAUAGUCUUGAAAUGAAGCGCUACAGAUGGAUGCAGCUAUUGAUAUAUGUUUCUUUGUCUACGAGUGCCAGCUUGAAAAGUUCUGGAUGCCCAAACCCAUGCAACAUGCCCCUUGGUCUUGCGAAUGGCCUCAUUAAAGAUGAACAGUUCUCGUCAUUCUCAGCUUACAACAAUGAUUUUGCGACAUAUGGAGCCCAUCGCGCCCGACUCAACUUAACGGCGUGGCCACCAGGCUACAGGGCCCGUUAUAGUUUCUCCGAAAGGACACCUUGGAUCAGAAUCGACCUCCGGAAAGAGUUGAUUAUUACAGGAAUUGCGACUCAGGGUUAUGGAGACGCUUCGGUUGCGGAAUGGGUUACCAGCUAUCGCUUGAUGUAUGCCACCAAGCAGGACUUCGAUUAUUUUAAGGACAUUCAUGGAAAACUUUUGGUUUUUAAUGGGAAUAAAGACAGUAACAAAAUACGAAGACACGACUUACCAGUCCCCGGUCUGGCAUCAAAAGUCAUGAUGGAGCCGAUCACUUGGCAUAACAACAUUGGACUCAGAAUGGAAAUUUACGGCUGCGAACCAAGUUAUUAUUUUGAGGCCUGGUUGAUGUUUCACAAUAUCACAUUCACUCUAAGCCAUAUGAACACUUCCAGUGAUGAAUAUAUACAGUUCUCAUCUAGAGCGACAGAAGAGAUUCAUUCUUAUUUUACCAAAGUGGGAGGAUAUUUAUAUAACGAGGUCUUAAGAUUGAGUCCUCAGCCGUCCCCAGAGAUAGCCACGUUCGCCACGGCAGAGAUUGCCAUAUACUGCACUGAAUCCAGCGUUCUUCUUCUUAUAGCUAAACUCAAGUCCUUCAUAAGUGAAACUGAUCUUUUCGAGUCAGAUUAUCUGAAAAUAAGAUACCCAGUUGGAUGCCAUUGUGAACCUCCAGAUGUUGAUGUGCAGCUAAAACAUAGCGUUCCUGAAUCAGAUCUCAUCAUUACUAGUGACGGGCCUCUUAUCUUUAAAGCUAUUGUCACCAGCAACUGUUUCGAAAGCAACCAAACGCAGUACCAAUGGAUGCUCUCAACCGUCGACUCUGAAACAACUUACUUUUCACCUUUUUUAAUGUAUGGAGUCACAGACAGGAACACGAUCAGUAUCCGGCCAAGUUUUUUAGGCGCCGGUAUCGUGUACGUUUCGGUAGAAGUUUCAGUUUCUGAAAACAUCCCAGGAACGUUCUCGUACGAUUUUGGAUUUGUGAGAAUCCGCUUGCCGGAUAUAAUUGCUAAGAUCGUGGGACCCGCAUCAGUUACAAGGGAAUUAGGAAAUGCAACAAUAGAUGGCUCCGGGUCGUACGAUCCAGAGUCACAGUCGCUUCAAAGCGGGACAUUAAAUUUUAUGUGGCAAUGCCAAAGAACAUGUCGAUGGGAUCCAGUGGAUAUUCUGAUCUUUCCCAAAGUUGAGGUGGAACCUUGUUUUGGCAUUGCCAAUGAGACCGACUCCACAAUUUCCAGGGAAAGUACUGCUAUCAUUCACCUCCCUUCUCUAAAGUCAAACUGCACUUACUUAUUUGGCUUGACAGUAGCAAAAGAUGGCAGGGUAUCCUAUGCGAAGCAUGAGCUGAAAAUAAGGCCGGCAGUGCCAUUCUAUGUUGGAUGUAUCAAUAAUUGUCGGGCGAAAGUCAGUCCUGUGCGACAGCUUACACUCAGAGUGGUUUGUGCCAACCGACCAUGUAUAUCGAUAGCCACAUUUUCAUGGACCAUUCACACUCGUACGACCAACAGACAAGGCAAAUUCACCUGGAGUGAAUUUAAAAACACAACAAGCUUAACAAGAACUAGUAUAAAUACAACGCAGUUUCAUUUACCAAGACUCGACGCUCUUACCAACAUCAAAGAAGGACAGAAAUUCCAAGUCCGGGUCACAGCGACUGAACAUAACGGAAUUCUACAAGAACAAGCUCUUUAUACAUUUAAUGUUAAUGCACCUCCGAAACUUGUAAAUAAUAACGAAGUAACAGGCUGCCAUGUAAAUCCAGGAGAAGGAAGUGCCAUCAUCACGGACUUUUACAUCAGUUGUCUGGGUUGGUAUGAUAAAGAUAUUCCACUGCGCUAUGCUUUCAAGUACAAAUUCAGUUUCAGUACCAUUAUCAUUCAAGACGGAAAGGUUGGCAACGUGACCAGUAAACUCCCUUUAGGAGACCCUGAAAAAGAUUACGAGCGGACUCUGAAUCUUCAGAUUAUCGACGCUUACGGAGAAUUUUCAACGGUGCUAGUCAAAACUAAGGUGAGACCUCCGCCUGCGUCAGAAGCGUUGUUGAAACUUAUUGACGAAGCACAGAGUGAAAUGAGAGACCUUGUUCGGAACAACAAUGUCGACAAAGCAGCUGAUAUGGCCAUAACUAUUCUCUCUGUAGUUGAUGACAAUGAUAAGCUGAAACAAGAUGAAUCGUUUAAAGACUCCGUGUUAAACAUAAUGUCUGGAGUUAAAGUAGAUCGGCUAAACCUUGUUACCAAAGUGGCCGUCAUUACAGCUUACUCCACGAAGCGAGUCGAUCAGUCUCUCCCACAGUCUUCACAGGAAGAUGCAGUGGCAUUAUUAAGAAAAACCACUUCUUUCUUGGAAACCAUGAACAGCAGGGAAACGAAAGAACUUGAAGUUGGCACAGAGAUCAAUUUGAACAUUUUAACCGGGUUAGGAAAUGUCUUGGCCGCUUCGUCCAAGGACAUGGACAUUGAUUCCGAAAAGGAGAAUGCUCAUAUCGAUAAAAAUAAGGGUAAGAAAAUCACCAACGAUUGCGUGGAAAUGGUCAACACCAUAACUGAAGAAGAAUUAUGUGCAAACCCAACCAUAAUUACCACUCCGUACAUAAACCUUACAGCCUGCAUUGAAAAAGCCACUGAAAUGAAAGUCAGUAAGUUGCUCAAAGGAGAAAACGGAGUUAAGCUGCCUGAUGCCAAGGACCUGUUUCCAGGAGACCAACUGGACGAAAACACCGUAGUCGAUGUCAAGCUCGUGUCAUUUAAAGUGAAUCCUUACACGUGGCAUCCGAAAUCUAGAGAUAUUAAAUCUUCUGUUCUCGACGUAACGUUAAAAAACGUCACCUCAGGAAAACCGCUCCAUGUGGAGGGCCUCACCAAACCCGUGGAAAUGUACAUUAAGAACUGGCAACGUGAAAAAGAAGAGAAUCUCAAGAAACAGAAGCCACAGCGAGAGUUCUAUGUUAAACCAAGUCCCUCAGACUCUAUAAAAAACAUGCGCUAUCACAAGAUUUUUCUCCCUUAUGGCGAUGCCGAGGCAAAUAUUAGGAUCAUACCGGCAAAUAACCAGGAACUUGAAAUAUACAUCAGAUACAAAGUAAGACCUACACCGGCAGAAAAUAACUUUGCAACGAUUGUCCCGAACUUUUCCUCCUGCUUUAGCUACACGGAACACGAUGGAUUCUUCGACUGCCAAUCCGAUCCUUAUCUGUUUACUAUAUCACCAAAAAUAACCGGACACACAGGUACUCACUUUCUGGCUAUUCGUUACGUUGUAAAAUCCAUCGAGAAGAACAAUACGAAAACCGAUACACGCAGAAGAAGGAGAUGUCGUGAUACCAGCGGUCGUCAGAAACGGUCAUGCGUAGAGGUGAAGAGUCCUCCAUCUGUGGAAAAUACUGGGAGGUUAGAGUUCCAGAAUGGUUCUGACGUAAAGUAUGAUCUGUUUGUUACCAUGGGAGCAUGUAUGUAUUGGUCAGUGGAGGACGACGAGUGGACCAGCAGAGGAUGUCAGGUUGGCAGUCAGGCUACACCAGCUAAACUUCAUUGUUUAUGUACUCACCUGUCUGCAUUUGGUGGAGACUUAUUUGUGGCGCCAAAUCCAAUCGACUUUGACAAAGUUUUCGCUGAGUUUGGGAAACUGGGCGAAACUGGGAACUUUGUCGUCUUGUCCUUUGUUUGCGUGGUGUUUGGACUGUAUGCCAUUGGUCUUGUUUUUGCGAGAAGAGCUGAUAAGAAAGAUGAUUUACAGGUUGCACCGAACAUCCAUCUCAAGGCAAGAGGUGACUGUACUUACUCUUACGACAUCUCCAUCCAAACAGGGAUCUGGAGAAACUGUGGAACCACAGCGAACGUGACUAUCAUCCUUUUUGGUGAGAACGGGUGUACGCCCCCAAUUCUGUUAACACAAAGUCAUCUAGAAAAGAAGUUCUUCGCUCGAGGAAGUGUAAACACAUUCACUCUUCACCUUUCAGAAUCCCUAGGCUCGUUGUUCAAAAUUAAAAUCUGGCAUGACAACUCAGGAGAAAGUCCGGCAUGGUUUUUCCAUCAGGUGUUGGUCACCUGCAAUGCAACUGACGAUAAGUGGUAUUUUCUUGGCAACAGAUGGCUUGCUCUUGAGAAAGGCGACGGCAAGAUCGAGGUCGAGAUCAGAUGCGCGGGAAAAAAAGAAUCCUUAUCUUUCAGUAAUCUGUUCUAUUUCAGGGGCGCCAAAACUCUUGGCGAGAAGCACCUAUGGUUGUCGUUGUUCACUAAAGCUCCUCACAACACUUUCACACGAUGUCAACGUCUUUCCUGCUGCCUUUCAAUCUUGUUUGCAGCUAUGGUUACCAACGCCAUGUUUUACAAACAGGGCAUUGAACCCGAAGACACGUUCAGACUUGGCCCUAUUGGGCUAUCGUGGACUCAGAUCAAAAUAGGGCUCCAGAGUGGGCUCGUUUCCAUACCUGUCAACGCCCUCGUUGUUGCAAUAUUUAGGAAUAUAAAGCCACCCGACUCGAAAGAAGGUGACUGUCACGAAGUCAACGACGAUGGAGAGAAACCGACUGGCUGCUUCCCUCGUUUCUGUGUUUAUGCUGGCUGGGCCCUCUGUCUUAUGACAUCAUUGGUGUCCGCUGCCUUCGUUGUUUUCUACAGCCUUAUGUGGGGAAAAGAAGUAGCCAAUCAGUGGCUUGCUUCUGUCAUGAUCUCGUUUUUCCAGGACAUAAUACUGAUUCAGCCAGUUAAAGUAGUGAUUGUGGUAUCGCUGUUGUCACUCAUCAUUAAAAAACCUAUCGAAAACGACGAAGUUUAUGGGCAAGGGCACUCCAAUCAGAAUAUGGAUAAGAAAAUCAUUUCCUAUCCUCUAAGAGAGGAAGAACUGCACAAGGUACGCUCUGUGAGCGUUUUAAAGAGUAGAUUUAUCAAGGCAGUGACAGAAAUGGUCAUCUUUGCUUUGUUCAUAUUUCUUCUAAUGAUGGUGUGUUACGGUAACCGUGACAGUAAGAGAUAUACACUCACAGAGGCAGUAAAGCACGUCUUCAUACAAUUUGACAAGGUAGAUAGCAUAGAGUCCUUCUGGAUUUGGACGAGAGAAAAUCUCGUGCCAGGCCUUUACGACGUCAAGUGGUACAAUGGAAAGCCCUUUUCUUACAAGGAAGGGUUUAUCCGAAACAGAGAGGCGUUCAUGGUAGGAAUGCCGAGACUUAGGCAAAAGAGAUUUAAAAAGGACGCCAACUGUAAGAUAACUCCCAUUGAGCCACAAGUUGCCCGGCAGUUUCCUCGAUGCAUAUCACACCUCAGCUCAAGCACUGAAGACAGAACUAAGUAUCACUUGCGAAAAUGGAUUCCAGUCCACAAUCACAGCGAAUUCGAACAGCAAUUCAAACUACUCUAUCUCUGUCCCAGGCCCUGGCGUUAUGAAACGGCCGAAGAGUUAAAAACGUUGUCGUUCCAGGGUUUGAUGUCAACAUAUUCGGGCGGCGGUUUCAUCGCUGAUCUUGGUUACAACACAGAAGAUGCGCUACGUGUAAUCGACAACUUAGAAAUAAAUGAUUGGAUUGAUAAUAUGACGGCUGCUGUCUUCGUAGAAUUCACCAUUUAUCAGCCAGCCAGUUCUUUAUUCAGUGCUGUGAAGUUCUUGUUUGAGAGGUUUCCAAGUGGAGGAACAAACACCAUAACAGAGGUCAAAACGUUAACGGUUUACUCACCCAAGGAUCCGACCUUCCGUGGCCUUUACGAGACUUGCCAUUUAUUGUUUAUGUUACUUAUUCUCAUUUGUGUGGCUACCGAAAUUGGCAAAGUAUACCAAGAAGGCUGCACGUAUUUAAAAAAGCCCUUGAGUUGGCUCGAAAUGGUCCUUUUAACAAGCUCCUUCGUUUCCCUAGCCAUGUUUUUCUUAAAAGAAACAUACACGAGCGAAUUCAUUACCAAGGUCCAGGAAAAUCCAUUUCAAAGCUGGAGUAUGGACAACAUUGCAUUGUGGUCAGAUCUCGAAGUGACGCUGUUGGCAUUUGUUGUGUUUUUAGUGACGAUGAAACUCCUGAGGAUUAUUCGCUUCAACCCACACAUUAUUCAAAUGAGAAUGACUCUAGCCAUAGCUUCGAAGCACUUUUUGUCGUUUACGUUCGCUUUUAUGACAAUAAUCACUGCAUACGUCUCGCUUACAGUAUUAACGUUCGGGAGAAAUGUUUAUGAAUACCGUUCAUUUGCACGAUCAUUCAGCUCUAUUCUGUUGAUGCUAAUUGGCUCCAAAGCACCUUUCCACGAACUGCAAGAAGUCAGUAUUAUUAUUGGACCUUUUUUCGUCUUAGCUUACAUGGUGACCAUAGUAAUGAUCUUUCUGAACAUGUUCUUGGCUAUACUUAAUGACGCUUACACGGAGUCUCGUGAAACUGGACAAAAAGGGCUCGAAGACUUAAAGCUUUCGAAAUACAUCAAGGUGAAAACUAAGAAAGUCGCCAAGAAGACCAAAGUGGAGGUAAUUAAAGUUCUUCAAGCACUUCCUCAAUUAGUACGUCAAAGGCAGCCGACAACUGCCGUGACAUUUGAGGACGAGGUUACAAAUGCAAGUUCUUCUGAUGAAAAGGACGAGGACUCUGCAUUUCGAGAAGAAGAUAACCCUUCCCUCACCGAUAUAAUAAGAUUGCUCAGCGACAUAAGAGAUGAUAUUGACAAUUCUGUACUGUCCAUCGACGAUGUCGUUCCCAUGGUAACGAUUCAUGACCCAGACAAAAGAUGGUAUCGAACUGGUGGUUCUUUGGACGAUUUUCGAUUUUAUUCAUCUUCUUCUUUGUUCAGCAGUGACUCAGACAGUGCAAUUUCAAAAUCAGACAACUUUAUUUACCACGGAAACAAAUACAUCAAUCUGAUUGACGAAUGGAAUCGUAAAAAUGCUGAAAUGGGCGAAACAUUCGUUUAGUGACUUUGUUUAAAGGAAUAAUUAAACUUAUUUCUUGAUGAAUGCUAAGAUCACUUUUAUGGUCUGCUUUUAGUAACAAAAAAGACAGGCAUGUAAAGUGAAAGCUUAAACUAAGACCUUGUGGUCAAUAAAGGACUGUGAACGCACAAAAUGGCUGGAUAAAUAUGGGUUAUUGACCAAGCGAGAGGUCAAGAUUGCUGGAUAUUGGCCAAGUUCUUUUUUUUUUUCUUUUGCGUGCUUAUGGACCUACACAGAGUGGAGGUCCAUAAACAUACAAAGAAAGGACGAGGCCAAUAUCCAGCCAUCUUGACCGAACAAGCUUGGUCAAUAAAGGAUUUUAUUACAUGGAAAAAGACCACUAUUUUCCUGCGGGAUACAGCGGGUAAUCCCGAGUGGGCAAGAUGGCGCCAACCUACCCUCUUGGGUAGCCAAUCACAACACAAGAUUCGGUUCAUCUCGCCCGCUCACGGGACUGUUGGCUUCCCUGGGCUUCCUGGCCUUGUACAUUGAUAUGUUUAAAUAAAUUUAUAAAGGGCAAAAAAAUUAAAGCAAGAACAAGAACAUUGCAAUUGUAUAGGAAAAGGCAAUUACAAUUUACCUUUUCAUAAAGCCUCACUCUAUUUCAAAACACAGAACAGAAACCAACGAUAAUAAUUGGGCUUUAAUUCAAGUCACUUUCCUGUGUGCUGAAAAGCAACAGGACAGUUAAAAACUGCUUGCGAAGGCAUUGCUCAGUUUGUUACAGGCGUACCUAUGGGGGUAUUCUGUGAUUUCAGUAUUGUUAAAAGCCGUUAAUUUUCAAUAAACUGCUGGCAAUGAUAUCCUGCGCUACUGUAGGCACGAAAACCUACCGGCAGCACUGGCUACAUAAGCUUACAUAGAAACCGUCUUUAAAAGAGAGGAAUGCGAGUGAGUCACGACUUAUCACACUAAGAACAAUACGUCCUACACAUUACCUCUUUUAAUUGCAUUUUGCCUUACUUAUUAAUGUAUCAUGCCACUAAUUAGGAAAAUAACCCGGAGAAUAUCGGCAAGUCGGCUAGCAAGGUAAGUGUUUCCAUAUUCUUUACGGUUUCUUUUCAGUUAACAUGAUGAAGGUUUUUGCAGAGUGUUGACAAUAUAACGGCACAUAUAGGAUUUAUAAAUACUUCGGUAAUUAAUCCCGCUCGAUGUGAGCAAUACAUGGCGGAGAUCUUUCAUCCACACUGUGUAGUGGGUAGAUCAUCUGUUGAAACACUGAAGUUUGGAGUAGUUCACAAUACUCAAGUAAACGUUUCAAUAAAAUAAUAAAACGGCGCUCCGACUCGCGAUUGUUGGAAAGACAAAAGUCAUCUCGUUCAGUCAUGGAACCGCAAUAGACGAACGAUGGAAAUGCAUUUAGCUCUACAUUAGUCAGUUUGUACUACACCGAAAAGGCUACAUAUAACAAAUAACAACCUAUGACUGUUUUCUGCUCUGUCUUGUGAGUGUCUUCGAUCAACGGCAAACGCAAAUCAAUAGGGGAAUAGGGGAGAACGCGUCCCUAAAUCAAUUUAUUUACAGUAACAGAAUUAUGUGUGGUACUGACGUAUUUAAGUGCAUUCAAAAAAUAAUGUCGUCUUUUCGUUUCAUCUUUUAUGUAUCGCUUUCAGCAUAUGAAGGCGUCUGUAGGUAUAUGCCGCUAACUGAUUUCCGGAAUAACAUAUUUUUUCUUCCUCUUGGUCAAGUUUUGGAUUAGUCCUCUGUUAUUCUCCACAGUACGUCCUAUAUUGUCAAAAUAUAAAUAAUUGUUUUAAAAUAAAAGGAAUUACAAAA